UUCUAAAAGUCACAUCUGGUCACACAAAUGUUGCUAAAAACAAAACGAAAAGCCAUAAAUGGAGGAAUCCGCUCUAACAAACCAGGCCAUUGCGGAGCUAAUGCUCGAAAUCGAGGGCCAGAAAGCCACAAUCAGUAGCCACAAACAAAGCGAGCGCAAAGUCAAUCCUCUGGGCAAAGCCAACAAACGCUUUCUGGGUCGCACCAUCAACACCGUCAUUCGUCAUAAUAGGCGUGAGAAAGAGCGAACACAGGCGAAUUGCCGGCAGAAGCUAAAGGAUCUGGAUGACAUAUACGAGAGAAGAAAAUCCAACAAAUUUUACAACAGAGAUGCCAGCAGGAACUCUCGCAGAAGCCGGAGCAGGAGCCGCAGCCACAGUUCUAGUAGAAGCUGCAGUAGGCGUCGUGUUAAGAAGUCCAAAAAGCGACGCAGUAGGAAGAGAAGCAGCAGCCGGAGCAGCAGAAGUCCUAGUCGCAGUCGCAGUCGUUCCCAUCGAAGAAAGAAAAACAAAAGGAAGACCAGGAAACAUAGAAAACCGCAUCACAGGAGCAGGCGCCGCAGCAGCAGCAACAGUCGCGAUCGAAACUCUUCACCCAGUGUUGCUAGACCCACCGCCGUUUCUGCACCCUCGGAAUUGUACUUGGAACAUUCCAAGCAAAUGGCUUUGGCCGUGGCCAUGGCCUAUGGCCAGGUCCUAAAAGCCAACAAUCCUGCUGCCAAAGAACGUGAAUCUUCACCCAUGAGCGAUAUAGUCAAUGAACUCAGGUCCGAUGGAGAGGAGGAGAACCCUAAUCAAAUGGACGCCCUAUCCAUUUCAUCGAGCGACAUUGCGGAUAAUGUGCUUACCAUCGAUUUAAGCUCAAGCUCAGAAUCCGAUUCCUCAAAGGGAAGUUCGGACACUGAGUCUGAAGUCGCUUCCAGCUCUGGCAGCUGCAUAGCUCUCGAUCAAAAGGAUAACAACAAUAGUGAUAUAGAGAUAAUCGAAUUGCCAAAGGUACCUGAGGCCGUUAAUAAAAAGCAACAGGUGAAGGAAAAUUCCGCGCUUGUAUCUGUGGACCUGACAGAAGAUUAAUUAGUUAGGCUUUAAUUAGAAUAAUUAUCGUAGCCGAACAUCACAGUUUUUCACAUACAAGUCAUCCUAUUAUUUUGCUAAACUUUUUUUUUUAUAUUUAAAUUUAAAUAUCUUGGUAUAACAAAUAUGUUAUAAGCUCAACAAUUUAUUUAUUGUUAUUUAACCCUUUCAAGACUGAUUUAAAGGCUUGUAAAAUGGUUAUACAAGAAAAAUGAAAAAGGAAUUGAGAUGAAAUAUACGUUUCGUUUGAUUGAA